AAUUCACCAUGAAGUCCAAUAUCCAAUUUGAAUCGCAUCAUCCUCUCACACCACCACCACCACCACCACCACCACCACCCACACCACAACAACAACAAGAUGAAGUCCUCAAAUUUGAGGUACUUCUCGCUUCUCAGGCUGAUCACUCGACAAACUACAGCCUUGAGCUCAGUCUCGGCAUCCCUAGCACUUCAAGCACAACCACAACCAGCAGCAGAGCUACCCGCAAAGCAUGGACGGUCGACCCUUUGCCUGAAACACGACUCCAUAAUGGAUUCACCCACCCAUGGAGCCUCGCCGCUCGCCAACAGAAGGCAGUUUUGGAGCAAUCAGCCCCCCAUAAGCACAACCAGUACUCUUCUACUCCACCUUCUUCCUCUUCCUCUUCCUUGUUCUUGCCCAGGGUCGAUGCUUCAUCAUUGAUUCCGGUGGUUAUCGGUUGGCCACCGGUGCAUGCCCAUCGAAAGAACAACUUAGACAGAACUCUAAGCUCGUUGAAGGUUGUUCACGAGACGAAAGAAGACAGAAAUAAUGUAAAAAGAUCGAAGAUCAAGAUGGAUCGAGUGAACGAUCGAGUUCGAUCAAUGUUUGUAAAAGUGAAGAUGGAAGGGUAUGGCAUUGGUCGAAAGGUCGACCUUAAAGCUCACGAUGGCUACCGAUCGCUCUCGCAUGCCCUAAGAAAAUUGUUUCAUAACUUCCUCCCUGUUAAUUAUUUAGAGAAGUCAGAUGAGCAAAGCGAGGAGGCUUUCAACGACGACUUCAUUCUCCUCUACCAAGAUAUCGAAGGGGAUCAGAUGCUUGUUGGCGAUAUCCCUUGGGAGUCGUUUAUCACUUCGGUGGAAAAGCUUUUCAUAGUUCAAAAUCCAAAAAAGGCUAGCUGUUCCUGAAGGAGGAGAGACAAAGAAACCAAGUGGAAGUAUAUAUAAUUAUUGACCAUAUAGCUAGCUGAUCUCUGUUUAGAGCAUAGAAUGUAUGGUGCAGGCAAAGCGCUCUAGGGCCCCACAGAAAUGUCCCGGUUCGACCUCUUUGUAUAAUUAAAAUUUAUUUUAGAAAGUAUAUUAAUUAGAUUGUCAGCGACCCUUUAAUUUAUGAUGUCGGAACUACAUGCCUUAGUUUAUGUUGCUUAGUGACCAUCUAUAUUUAUAUGUAUAUCAUAUGUAUAAUUAAAUUUGAUUCAAGAAUUAGUAUAAAUAAUUAUGUUGUCAACUAAAUAUUUAAGUUAUGAUCUUCCAACGAAGUUUA